AACAGCGGUGCAAUGUCUUGAUUGAGCUGCGACACGAGAAAGGAAUAGUGCUGAAACGCCUGCCCGGCGAUCGUCCAUAACUUCUGGCGAUCUGCACCGGAAAUAAUCUCGUUUUCCGGCUGCUAUCGUUUUCUGCUUCGUGCAUAAGAUCGAUUAUGGGGUGUUGCUUCCAAUCGAGAGCCAGCGACGAAGAAGAAAUUGGGGGUUUUGUCUCCAAUCGAUUAAGGCAAGGGGCUGUACGUAAAUUGGGGCUUUGGGCGUCAAGGGCCGCUCGUGGAAAAGUAGAAAUCUCUCUCUGCAGAUCCAGAUAAGCGGAAGAUCCGGUGGCUGCUCCUGACUGAAAGAUCCAGAUAAAGGUUUCAACGGUGAUAGCUAAAACAGGCUAGUGUUUGAAACCAUGGCGGACACAUACUGCACAGACUGCAAUAGAAGCACAGAGGUGGUCUUUGAUCACUCAUCUGGGGAUACAAUCUGCUCUGAGUGUGGCCUUGUCAUAGAGGCACACUUCAUCGACGAGACUUCCGAGUGGAGGACCUUUGCCAACGAUUCCACUAACAACGAUCCCAUCCGUGUUGGUGGCCCCACCAACCCUCUCUUGGACGAUGUCGCCCUCUCCACCAUCAUAUCCAAGCCCACUGACCACCUACUCUCCUCGUCCCUUGGACGAUGGCAGAUUCGCAACAACACCUCCCUCAUUACCGCCUUCCACACCAUUGACACCAUGUCUGAUAGGUUGGGCCUUGUUGCUAUAAUUAAGGAUCGAGCUUGCGAAAUAUACAAGAAAAUGGAAGAUCUAAAGUCUAUUGGAGGAAAGAAUCGGGAUGCAAUGUUGGCUGCUUGCUUGUAUGUCUCUUGUCGGCAAGAGGACAAGCCUCGGACUAUGAAGGAAAUUGCCUCUGUUGCAAAUGGAGCUACAAGAAAGGAAAUCGGUAGGGCAAAAGAGUAUAUUGUUAAACAUCUGGGGGCAGAGAAUGUGGGCCAAGCGAUGGAGAUGGGAACUAUACAUGCUGUUGAUUUUAUGAGACGUUUCUGCUCAAAUCUCCAAAUGACUAGUCAAGAAAUUAAAGCUAGCCAAGAAGUUGUCAAGAAGUCAGAAGCGUUCGAUAUCAGGAGGAGUCCUAUAUCAGUGGCAGCUGCAGUAAUUUACAUGAUAAGCCAGUUAUCUGACCACAAGAAACUUAUCAAAGAUAUUUCGAUUGCAACUGGAGUUGCAGAAGGGACCAUCAGGAACACCUACAAGGAUCUCUAUCCCUAUGCGUCAAGGUUGAUACCGAGCUCUUUUGCUAGAGAGGAAGACCUUAAAAACCUCUGCAGCCCGUGUGCAGAAAGAUAAAAGCAUGUACGCUAUUUCAAAGGAGAGGCAGGGAAAGAACAUGAAAAGAUGUGACGAGCAUGGUUUGGUGACACCCGUCAUAUACAUUCAACAAUCUGGCCAUGUAUUGCUGCUGGGAACUAACACUAACAAACAUGAGUUGAUAUACUGGAUUUGAUAAGGAAGCCUGAACAGCACGUUUCCAUCAAAUCUUUUUCACGAAGAUGCAUUCUAAUUUGAAAAAAUAACCAUUUGAAGUUUUGAGUUUCUUCUCAUUGACCGAUCAUGGCAAGUGAUUGUUUAUUCUUUUAAGGGGAUUCUCUUUCUUCUUCUCUUUUUCUUUCCUCUUCUGUAUAGUGGAGGGUCAGAAUUUUUAUAGGUAAGGAUUCUAGAUAAAUUCAAAAUAUUCAUAUGAUCAUGUGAAAAAGAAAGUAGUUGGAGAAUGUGGGGAGUAUGUGAACUUUGCUAGACUGUAAAUGAAGACAGAACUGUAGAUCCUUUGGAUAGAAAAUAGUACACUUGGUUAUUGAUUGCUGUUUGGAUUUUC